CCUGCCGCAUCCGGGGGCAGGAUCCGGCGGAGCGUGUGCCGUGCCCGGUGUGGCGCUUGCGGUGCGGCCAUGGCGGACUCCACGCAGAACGGGCCCAUGCCAGGCGGGGCCGGCGGCGGGGCCGUGCAAUUUCUGAUGGCUAACAAGUUGGAUACAGCAAUGUGGAUUUCCCGCUUGUUCACAGUUUACUGCUCAGCUUUAUUUGUCCUGCCUCUUCUAGGGUUGCAUGAAGCAGCAAGCUUUUAUCAGCGUGCCUUGCUGGCAAAUGCUCUUACUAGUGCCCUCCGACUGCAUCAAAGGCUACCGCACUUUCAGCUUAGCAGGGCAUUUCUGGCCCAGGCUUUGCUGGAGGACAGCUGCCACUACCUGUUGUACUCCCUUAUCUUUGUGAAUUCCUACCCUGUUACAAUGAGUAUUUUUCCAGUUCUGCUGUUCUCAUUGCUUCAUGCUGCCACAUACACAAAGAAGGUUCUUGAUGCACGAAGUUCAAAUAGUUUGCCUUUUCUGAGAAAUCUCUUAGAGAAACUGAAUGCUAAUCAACAGAAUAUUCUAAAAUUCAUUGCUUGCAAUGAAAUUUUCCUCAUGCCAGCUACAGUUUUUAUGCUCUUCAGUGGACAAGGGAGCCUGCUCCAGCCAUUCAUCUACUAUAGGUUUCUUACGUUACGCUACUCUUCUCGGCGAAAUCCGUACUGUCGGACUCUCUUCACCGAGCUCAGGAUUGUUGUUGAACACUUAAUAAUGAAGCCCUCGUGCCCUGUUUUUGUAAGAAGACUAUGCCUCAGCAGCAUUUCCUUUAUAAGCAGAUUGGCACCAACUGUUGCAUAGCCAAAUUUCAGGCACUUGUGUUUUGUGAACAUUAUGAGCAGCUGGCACUUCUGCUGAUGAUUAGAAAUUUCUGAUUUUACACUGAUCUCACUCCAGGCUGUAUAAAAAUAUGUAUAUGCUUUUCUUGGAGAUAAUAUGAAAUUUAGCAUAUCAAAAACAAAUAAUGGAAACUUAAAAUUACUGUACUAUAUUGUUAAUUGGUGAAAAAAAUUAGCUGCAUCCUUUCUAAAACAUACCCAAUCAUACAGGGUUUUGUUUUGUUUGUUUUUUUUUUUGAAUCAAGGAUUGUUUGAGAUUGAUUAAAACUGUAAGAGGUCUAUGCUCCCUUGGUUUAUGUUAGUUGGAACCAUAGCUACUGUAGGAUAUCUCCAGUGGAUAGCAGUUGGUACACAUACCUAUGCAGUACACUUUGGACAGUAUUCUUCUGCUUACUAAAUGUAUCUGUAGAACUAUUUUGUCCAAUUUACUAUACUCAAUGUAGAGAUAUGACCCACUUUGGAGUUAACACAAGGGAUUAAAAUCUAUCAAGUUGACACAGAUAACACCUUUUCUGAAGGAGAGGUUAUUUUUAUUAUACUACUUAAAAAGAACUCUUCCAAGUUCCUACCUUGUGACGUAGUCUUACAUUACACUGUUGGAAGAAAUAUUGAGACUCUGAUCAUAGAAAACUCUGCAGUUUUCUUGUCAUAACAAGAUGUUUUACCAAGCCAAACUGCUGACCUGUAGGCUUUUCAGCCAAAGACGUAACUUUUAACCAUGUCUCAAAUGAACUAAUCAAUGUAAAUGAAGUAACUUUUGCAGACUCAUUGCAGAUUUGUUUAUAUGUCCACAAAAAUUUGAGACUGCAGUAAUUCAAGCAUGUUAGCUUUUUAGAAAAUUAAUCUAUAGCUAGAUCUAUAUAAAUUGUUAUUCCAGUUUCUGAGAGUCUCAUUGUGAUGGGAAAUUUGCAUAAAGGAUUGAACCUGUGUAGGCAGCUUCUGAAACAAAUGGGUGUAGGAUUUCUUGGCAUAAAUCCAUCUGAUGACUGACCUGAAGCCAUGUCAUGACUACAGAAAUGAAUAUUAAUUCGAGUGAAUAUUAAAUUGAGUGCUGAUUAUCUAUUCACCCAGCAGCUGAAAGGUAGGUCGUGUAAAAAUAAUGUUAUCUGUCUGAACAAAACUUCUUUCCAUAAAUUCAAGGCAAAAUAUUUGCCUAAUCUUCUGUAGUUAAUGUUAGUAUUCUAAUUGCAUAAAAUUAAAGGGCCUUUUGUAAACUUCUAUAGCACUAUUCUUCCAUGGUCAGAGAAAUCUUAUGUGAAACUUUUUCAAAAACAGUCUUGAAGUAGAGUAUUUUCUUGUAACUAUUGAGUUACCUUGUUUGUGAUGUGGAUAUCAUUCAGACUUUUCAGUUGUAUUUGUUAGAUCAGAGCCAUGUAUUUAUAAACUUAUUUCAUUUUUUUGCUCAACCUCUUGGUAUUGAUGAACCAGUUGCUAAUUGAAUAUGAUAUUCUUUGACUACUUGUCUCGCUCUCUGAACAUGAUUAGCUGUUUAUAGAACACUUGCACACUGCAGAAGCAACUGCAUGCAGUAAUGCUCUACAGCUGCUAAAGAUUUGCAGUGAGUUUCACUAUAUGUAUAUCCUGUAAUCCUGAGGAUUUUAUAAAGACUAAAAUUUCUACUGCAAUAAAAUGAGUGUUAAAUGUAA